UCAACUCCGGGACCCUUCUGAGUGUAACCCCCAAGAUAAGGGCAGGAAGAAGCGCAGACAUUAUUGGAGUCUGAAGUGAUGGGCGCCAGCCAUUACUGGGAUGACACUAAAUUCAGUCCCUAGAGUUCUGGGAUGAGAAUUCGAGUUUGAAAAGAAAGGAAAAUUUCAAAAAAAAAAAAAAAGUCCGGGCUCGAGACCGCUAGCGGUUGCGGAGAGUCGCGCGCAGUGGCAGUUACUUUAACGUUCAUGGGGGCUGGGAGGGGUUGAACGAGCGCUUGGCAACCAGGCUACCGCUCCCGCGACCCUUCCCGCCUCCGCUGAGCCGCGUGUAGGAAACCGCGGCAGAGGCUCGCACAGAACGCCUGAUCCCUGAGGUCUGCGGAGCUCCUCCCUUCCCCCUCCUCUGGGAUUCGGACCUCUGGAUCUCUGCUUUUUAAAUUCUGAACUUCUUUAGGAGGAGCCCACUCUGAGGCCCAGGGGGGGACCCCCACUGCAUCAAGGCUCUCGGGGGCUUCCAAGACCUGCCAGUAGGGUCCUCUCCCCCCGACAGGAACCCAGAGAUCCCCCAGCACCCAGCAGAGAUUCUCAGCGAGAGCUCACAUGCGGGGCCUCUGAAAAGAAGGAAACCCCGAGACUCCACCCCCCCCCAGACUUGGGAGGUGCGCGAGGUUCCCCCGCCCAAGAUUGCUAGGCAGCGCCGCCCCCACCUAGAAGACUUCAGGCCAGGCAGGCUGGAGUCAGACCAAGACAGUUGGUAAAGCCAUUCCUGCACAGCUGGGUUACCACCUGUUGAACCCGGAUCAGGACUAGCUGUACCAAAGGACAAUUUUGUUUAAAAAAAAGGGCGGGGUCUCAUCUUAUUCUAGAACUCUGCUUGAGCUGUUCCCCCUCCAAAUCGAAUGGUGGCAGGGCUUGCUGGCCCCGGGACCUCCCACACCUGGCUUUUCCUGAAGAGAGAUGCCCAAGGUGGUUCACAGCCUCGCAAAAUGUAGACCCUCCUCAUGACAGGAUCGAUUGUCUCUUGGGAGGCCACUUUAGUGUCUUUUUGUGAUUAGUUGGCAAAAAGAACUGUGACACCUCAACGAUUGUAGAGACUGGGGGGAGGGAUCACAAAUAUUAGGAUAAGCCAUUAAGAGUAUACCAAGACUUCAGAGUGAGCCCUAGAGACCCAUAUGUUAGAUUUUGACCCAAGAUUCUAGCAGUCAUGGCGUUUACUAAUUACAGCAGUCUAAAUCGAGCUCAGCUGACUUUUGAAUACCUUCAUACAAAUUCAACCACCCAUGAAUUCCUGUUUGGGGCUCUCGCUGAGCUCCUGGACAACGCCAGAGAUGCGGAGGCCACCAGAAUAGAUAUUUAUGCAGAGUACCGAGAGAACCUCCAGGGAGGCUUCAUGCUCUGCUUUCUGGAUGACGGCACGGGAAUGGAUCCUAGUGACGCUGCCAGCGUGAUACAGUUUGGGAAAUCAGCCAAGCGGACCCCCGAAUCCACACAGAUCGGGCAGUACGGCAACGGCUUAAAAUCGGGAUCCAUGCGUAUUGGGAAGGAUUUUAUUCUCUUCACCAAAAAGGACGAUACCAUGACCUGCCUCUUCUUGUCUCGGACAUUUCACGAGGAGGAAGGCAUCGACGAAGUCAUCGUCCCACUACCCACUUGGAAUGCCCGGACUCGCCUGCCCAUUACAGAAAAUAUGGACAAGUUCUCCACUGAAAUCGAGCUCAUCUAUAAGUAUUCACCCUUCAAAUCAGAGCAGCAAGUAAUGGACCAAUUUAAGAAGAUCUCUGGGGAGAUGGGAACCCUGGUUAUCAUCUUUAAUCUCAAACUCACAGACAACGGCGAACCUGAGCUGGACAUUGUCUCAGACCCCUGGGACAUCCAGAUGGCGGAGACAUCCCUGGAGGGCACGAAGCCGGAGCACCGCUCUUUCCGAGCCUACGCGGCAGUCCUUUACAUUGACCCGAGAAUGAGAAUAUUCAUCCACGGCCACAAGGUGCAGACCAAGAGGCUCUCCUGCUGCUUGUAUAAGCCCAGGAUGUACAAGUACACCUCCAACCGCUUCAAGACAAGAGCGGAACAGGAGGUAAAGAAAGCGGAGCACGUGGCCCGCAUAGCAGAAGACAAGGCUCGUGAGGCGGAGAACAAAGCCAGAGUGUUAGAACUGAGACUGGGAGGAGACCUCACUCGGGAAUCCAGGGUAGCCUUAAGGCAGGUUCAGGGCACAGCUAUUAACUUGCGCAGGGAAGCUGGCAUCAAGAAGUGCAUCAGAGAAGCUAAACAGCGGGCCUUAAAGGAACCUAAGGAACUGAACUUCGUCUUUGGGGUGAACAUCGAACAGCGGCACCUGGAUGGCAUGUUUAUAUACAAUUGUAGUCGUCUGAUUAAGAUGUAUGAGAAGGUGGGUCCUCAGCUAGAGGGCGGCAUGGCCUGUGGCGGGGUAGUUGGGGUGGUGGACGUGCCCUAUCUGGUCCUGGAGCCCACCCAUAACAAGCAAGACUUUGCUGACGCCAAGGAGUACCGUCAUCUGCUGAAAGCCAUGGGCGAUCACUUGACCCAGUACUGGAAGGACGUGGCCAUCGCCCAGCGGGGAAUCAUUAAGUUUUGGGAUGAGUUUGGCUAUCUCUCGGCCAACUGGAGCCAGCCCCCAUCCAAAGAGCUUCGUUAUAAACGCAGGAGGGCAAUGGAGAUUCCCACCACCAUCCAGUGUGAUCUGUGUCUGAAGUGGCGGACACUGCCCUUCCAGCUGAGCUCUGUGGAGAGGGACUACCCUGAUACGUGGGUGUGCACAAUGAAUCCCGACGCUGAGCAAGACAGCUGCAAUGUGUCUGAGCAGAAGCAAAAGGUGCCCCUCGGCAUUCUGAAGAAGGACUUAAAGACCCAAGAGGAGAAGCAGAAACAGCUGACCGAGAAGAUCCGGCAAAAGCAGGAGAGACUGGAGGCUCUGCAGAAAACCAUCCCUAUCAGAUCCCAAGCUGACCUGAAGAAGUUGCCCCUGGAAGUGAGCUGCAGGCCAGCGAUGAAGGACUCCCACGCAGUCCGUAGAUUUUCACGCCCCAGGUCCCCCCCACUGCCAGCGGAGAUCAAAAACUCUUCAAGCCGACCCCCACCACCAAAAGCCCCAAGGUCACCCUUUCAGGCCAGAAGGGGCGCUCUGGCCAUCUCCCCGAGACUAGCUCACUCACCCGCCCCAGAGGAAGCCAGCAUAUCCAGGAUGUCCCCGGCCCCUCUGGCUCCCCGGAAGCCCAGCAGCACCCUGGUCAAGCCGGCUACCAGAAUGGUCUCCGUGAUUGUCAACGCCCGGAAGAGAAGCUUCCCUGCGGCAGAGGAAGAGACUGAAGAAGAUGGAGACCGGAAGAAGGGGAAAUCCAAGCGGAGCAAGGGCCUUGUAGUGAAGGAUGAGAAGAAAGACUCCAGUGAUGAAGACUUGGCGGCACUGAAGAAAUCCCAGAAGGACAAAGGGCGGCACGUGGAAGUUCGAGUGAACGGAGAGUGGUGCACCGGCCGAGUGACUGCUGUGGACCUGAGCAAACACGGCCUCCGCUGGAAGGUGAAAUUUGAUUACGUGCCCACGGACACCACGCCGAGGGACCGCUGGGUGGAGAAGAGGAGUGAGGACGUGAGGCUGAUGAAGCCCCCCUCCCCAGAGUCUCAGAGCCCGGACACGCAGCAGCAGGAGGAUGAAGAUGUGAUGGUCACUGUGGAGCCCUCCACCUCUGAUUGUGUCCCCACUGAACCAGACACCACCGCACCUAAUAGCAGCCAGGAGUCUGUGGAGCUGCUGGUCCAGACCCUGCGGAAUUGUCUCCGGUAUUUCCUGCCUCCCAACUUCCCCAUCUCCAAGAAGGAGCUGAAUUCUAUGAGCCCAGAGGAGCUGAUGACCUUCCCUUUGAAGGAGUAUUUCAGACAGUAUGAGAUGGGUCUGCAGAAUCUGUGCAACUCCUAUCAGUCCCGGGCCAAGGCUUCCGAGGAGAACCUCCGUGCCUCGGAGAGGAAGCUUCGAGAGACCGAGGAAAAGCUGCAGAAUCUGAGGACGAACAUUGUGGCCCUGCUCCAAAAAAUGCAAGAAGUGAGCAGGGACUCAUCUCGGGAGCACCGGUCAGACCCCGCGUUCCAGUCUUGCCCAGAGCAUCCUCUGAGUGAUCUGACUUAGAGAGACAACAAGAAUCCACGUCCUGGCUGGGGUACCAGAUGUGAGGGUGGAGCCUGGCCCUGACCAUCUCCAGAGGCAACAGUGAGGGUCACUGGACAUUCACUACAAAUUAAUGAGGCACCUCCUUGGUGCCAGGCUCUUUGGAUUCUGCAGCCUCCCAGCCUAGCUAGCUGAGAGAGUCAAUAUGCCAAUGUAGAAGUAAAUGCAAAGUCUGUACCCAAAAUAAAUAAAUGCAUCCAUACACACUA